GUUCCUUUCUCUCAAAAACUCUCAAAAACUUUUAGUUCGUCUCUGUGCGCGCGCGACCUGCAGUUAAAAGCUUAGGGCUUCAAAGUUCAAACUUGAAAGCCGACGUUUCGCAAUUUCUCAUCAACAGUGCCAGAAUGGCAUUACAAGGUGAUGUAGCCAAGGCAUUACAAGUUGGUGUUUCACAAGGCUUUGUUUCUAAUUCAAAAGGUUCAGCCCAGACUGGGAAUGCACUCUCCUCAGAAGAUGCCGCAUGGGUUGAUUCUUGCCUGGUUUAUGAUCCUGAACUGUCUAAUAGUGGUUGGGAUGCUUUAAAAGAUGCAUUGUUAGAUAUUGUCAAUUACCAAUCCAAUUCACAUUUUGAAACUAUGGAAACAGAAAAUGGUUCACUUUCAAGAGAAACUCCUGGUGAGCUUCUUCCCAUGAUUGAGGAUGAGGAGGCAGGUACUGCACCAUAUCUAGAAGGAAAUGAUGAUGACCUUCUUCGUGCCAGUGAAAAGGUUGAAACUGCAACAUACCGGAGUUACUUGAGAAGUGAUUUCUUAUUGAAUCCUCAUGAUCCUGGUGAAAAUUGUAACACUGAUGUAGGAAUAGAUUCAUGGUUCACAAAUGAGAUUCAUUCGUCUUCAGGUGACAUCUUCAAGGUCUGGGAUCUGGAUACACCUACUGAGGAAGAUGAACUUGUCAAACAGUUGAAAGAGGCUCUUGCAGAAAGUUCGCCGCUAUCUAUACUGUCAGCUCCAGAUGUUCGUGGCACUGAUUCAAAUGAUGAAGCACUUGAUGAUCUAGUUGCUGGCAUUGCUGAUCUGUCUUUGCAUCAGUCCUCUGGCUGAAAUGUUUUCAUUAUAGGCCUGAGAACAUGUACUCUUAUAUUGAUGUUUUUAUUGU